AUGCUUGUGCAGCUCAUGGUGGGACUCUUCGUCCUCAAAGCGGUGGUGGCCAGCCCCAGAUUUGCCCGACAAGUGGAAUUAGACACAUAUGACAGCACCAACUACGAUGUGGAUCUAGAAAAUUUAAAUUUGGAGAACCAGGAUAUCUAUGACUACGAAGAUGGGCUGACAAUUGAUAAUCCUCAGAUAGAGAUUGGAACACUGGCACCACCUGACUAUAACUACCCUGUACCUGAGGCCUCUUUGGAGGAGGAACAGGAGGAGGAGGAGGAAGAGUUGCCUCUAAAACCACAGCUGAUCCCUCAGGGUUCAGGGGGAUCUGGGGUUCUCAUGGGCCCAAACACACAGAAAGAGGAGGAGCUGCGUCUGACGCCCAUUGACAUCCUUCAUAUCUCCGGGGAUUUUGGGGGCUCCGUGGGGUCUGGGGCCUCGGGAGUUUCUGGGGCCUCUGGGUCUGGGGGCUCGGGAGACCUACUGGUCUUGGGUGGCUCCGGGGGGUCUGGUGACCUUCUCUUGGGCUCCGGAGGUUCUGGGGACCUCCUCAGCUCUGGGGGAUCUGGGGAUCUCUUGGCAUCUGGAGAUCUCCUAGGAUCUGGGGAUGCCCUGGGAUCUGCAAGUUCUGGAGCCUCUGGAGACCUUGGCUCUGGAGGCUCUGGGAUUUCUGGUGACCUCCCCCUGGGCUCUGGAGUGUCUGUGGACCUGUUAGGUUCUGGGUUCUCCGGGGAUCACCUGGGCUCAGGGGCCUCUGGAAUCUCUGGGGUUUCUGGUGACUUGGAGGACUCAAUAAUAACAUUGGUACCUGGAGGGGAGGAGCUGCCCCUCAUUCCCGACACUAUCCCCCAGGAGGCAUCGGGUGCUUCUGGGGAGUUCUCAGGAGCUUCAGGAACCUCAGGGGCCUCAGGGGAUCUUGGAGUCUCUGGAGCCUCUGGAGACUUAGGGGUCUCUGGAGCCUCUGGGGUCUCCGGGUCUGGAGAGGAACCUGGGGUCACACUGCUCCCUGACAUUGAUGAAGAGGAGGAGCUGCUUCCGACUACACCACGAACCCCUGAGGAGGGUACUGGGGGUGUAGAAGGGUCAGUGGACUCUGGGUUGCCAGAGCCCGAUAAGCCCGAUGAGCCCGAUGAGCCUGAUGAGCCUGACAGGCGAGAUAUGCCCACUUGCCUGCUGUGCACAUGCCUUGGUAGUUCGGUCUACUGUGAUGACUUGAAGCUGGAUAGUGUGCCACCUCUCCCCAAAGACACCACUCACUUCUAUGCUCGCUACAACAGAAUCACCAAGAUCAACAAGUCUGACUUCGCUUCCAUGAACAAGCUGAAGAGGAUCGACUUAACCGCCAACCAGAUCACAUCCAUCGAUGACAAAGCAUUCUUGGCUCUGCCCGCAUUGGAGGAGCUGGUGAUUCGGGAAAAUCAUGUUUCACAGCUGCCUGCUCUGCCCGAGACAAUGACCCUCAUCGAUGCCAGUCAUAAUAACAUCGCCUACAAGGGUAUCCACAAAGAGGCGUUCAAAGAUAUGACUGGCUUGCUGUACCUGUACCUAACAGACAAUCGCAUUGAUUACAUCCCUGUGCCUCUACCAGACAGUCUGCGAUCUCUACACCUACAGCGUAACAACAUUCAAAUGAUGCACGAGGACACAUUCUGUAAUCUGAAGGAUUUCAACUACAUCAGGAACGCGCUGGAGGACAUCCGUCUGGACGGCAACCCCAUCAACCUCAGCAGGACCCCGCAGGCUUACGUCUGCCUGCCCCGCAUACCCAUCGGGGAUCUCAUCUAA